CAAUAACAUACUACAUAGACAUGGAUUUUGAAACAGCUGGUAAGGGUGGCAAUCCCUUCCUAAUGGAGGAUCUAGGUGACUAUGGUGGAAACACUGAUUCAGUUGGUGGUGGCGGUGGAGGAGGUGGUGGACUAAGUUCCAACCCCUUCUUGAGUAACAAUGACUUCAUUAUUCCUGCAUCUUCUGAGAACCCCUUCCUAAGUUCCAUAGGAAGUGAACCGUCCUCAUUCCUCUCUUCAGGGAACUCCUCCACGAAUCCUUUUGCACAGUUUGAUUACUCUGGAAGUGGUGAUAUGAAUACAACAGCCAGCCUCAACUUCUUUGGAACACCUGAACCAGAUGCCACCCAUGCUAACAUCUUCGCUGCUGAUGUAACAAACCCGCCAUCUGACUUCUUUGAAAGUAUUGCACCUUCACAACCCAAAAUAGAAUCCAGAGUUCCAGGAGGGAUUGACUUGUUGGAUGACAUAGGGGUAAAUGCCCCGGUAGAAUCUGACUUUUGUAAGGAGACUGAUGUAUUUAACAGCACCCCAAACCAAGCAGUGGAUGAUUCCUCCAGAACCAGCACGCCAAAAGGAGGUCCUCCUAGAAGACCUCCUCCUCCAAGGCCUGUCCCUCCCUCGAAAGAAACGAAAGACCUUAUACUGAGUGUUACUGGGGCCAUGGAAGCCACGUCCUCACACCUUCUGGAUCGGCUCCAAGCCACGAGGACGCCGAGCCCCACUCCCAUCCGUGACCUACAUUCUCCAAGUCCUACUCCAGAUAUCCCUUUCUCGGACCUUCUUGGCUCAGAUAUGACAAUAGCAGGGCAACUUCCUGCAUUUCCUAGCAAUACAGAGCUCAAUCUCCUCGGGGAUGAGUCGAUCGCUGCAGCUCCCUCAGUUCCAAAACCACCACCCAGACCGGCACCACCUUCUCAGAAGCCUGCUGAAUCUCAAGAAGAUAUCAUGGAUAUUUUCAGUGGUAAUGCACCAGAGCCCAGUACAGUAACAGCAGUACCACAGACAAAUGCUGAUAUACUAGGUUUGUUCGAUUCGUCUGUUCCUGCAGUGCCCACAAGUGAGAUGAGUGGAACAGCUGAUCUUCUACUAGGAGAUGACUUUGGGGGUACGUUACCUGCAGACUCAAAAGAGGUGAACCUGCUAGCUGCUACUGCAAUGGACUUGGAGCCAGCAGUAAGUCCCGCACCGCAACAACAUCAGCAGCAGCAACAACAACAACAACAACAACAACAAUCCGACAAUUUCAUGUCUACAGAUAUGCUAGAGGCUGCUGAGGCUCCAGUACUCAAGUCUGCUGAUGAAUUUGAUGCUUUUGCAGCCAAGUUUGAAAACGCUGCCAAAGAGGAGGGGCAAGAUGUUCGUGUUGUGGAAGGUGACCCCUUUGACCCAUUUGCUUCUUCUGGACUGGUAACAGAUACAGGAAAUGAUGCAUGGGGAGCAGUAACUGCAGACAAGGGAGAGUCCAAGAUUAUAGGUUUUGGGGCAGAAGAGAGUUUUGACACGUUCUUGUCAAUGAAUGAGCCUCCUCCUGUGCCCCAAGGAACACCAGCACGUUUCAAUCAUCAGGAGUCUGGAGACUCUGAUGAAGGCCCAGACUUCUCAAUAUUUAUCAAACCCAAAAAUAUGGAAACUGCGGCAACAGAGUACAUGUCAGGAGAAUCCGUGCCUACUCUUGCACCUCCACCAAAGAGCCCUGUUCAGAAUACAGAUUCCAGUCUGAGGUUUAAUCCCUUUGAUAAGAGCAAUGAGCUUGUAGCCACUGCUAUCCCAGCUGCUACAGACGAGCCUGCUCUUCCCCAAGGUGCAGAGGUGCCUGAUGGAAUGCUACAGAGGACAGACUCACAAGAGACACCACCAACUCCACUGUUUGAUGAAGAUGUGUCACAACCCCUAGAGGAAUUUCCCCGCAUCAGUUACCAAGGGGAUGGCUGGGAGAUGCAACUAAGGCAACCUAAUAAAAAGAAGAUAACUGGACAGAGGUUCUGGAAAAAGGUAUUUGUGCGUCUUGUGUACCAAGGUGACAACCCAGUGCUUCAGCUCUUCAACACAAAGGAAGACAAGGAUCCAUUUCAGGAACUGCCUCUGCAAGCCUGUUAUUCUGUAUCAGACAUAGGUGCUCAGCAGUUUGAUGCAUAUGGGAAGAUAUUCACCGUGAAGCUGCAGUAUGUGUUUUAUAAGGAGCGGCCUGGAGUAAGACCUGGACAGGUUACAAAGGCAGAACGCAUUACAAACAAACUGAGCAAGUUUGCACAGUAUGCCAUACAGGGAGACUAUGAGGGCUGCAAAGAGUUUGGCAGCGACCUCAAGAAAUUAGGGCUUCCAGUGGAACAUGCCCCACAGAUCUCUCAGUUGUUCAAGAUUGGGUCACAGAAUUAUGAGGACAUGAAACAGUUCAGUGUGUGCGUAGAAGAAGCAUUGUUCCGAUUGUCAGUACAUCGAGAUCGUGCUCUCAACUAUAAAACAGAGGAGGUCCAAAUUACAGCUGUGGACGAGUUGUAUGUGGAGCAGGACAAAGAUGGCCACAUUGAUAAGCAAAUAGCACGAGUCAGACUGUUCUUCCUUGGCUUCCUGGCAGGCAUGCCAGAUGUGGAACUGGGUGUGAAUGAUAUGUGGCGACAGGGUAAGGAAGUGGUGGGUCGCCAUGACAUCAUCCCAGUCAUUACAGAGGAAUGGAUCCGUCUAGAGAAUGUAGAAUUUCACGCCUGUGUGCAGCAAGACGAGUAUGAGCGCACACGGGUCAUUAAGUUCAAACCACCCGAUGCAUGUUACAUUGAACUGAUGCGUUUCCGUGUCCGCCCACCAAAAAACCGGGAGCUUCCAAUACAACUGAAAGCCGUCAUGUGUGUCACAGGGAACAAGGUAGAGCUCAAAGCUGAUAUCCUUGUGCCAGGGUUCUCAAGUCGCAAACUGGGGCAGAUCCCUUGUGAGGACAUCAUGGUCCGGUUCCCAAUCCCUGAGUGCUGGAUAUAUCUGUUCCGUGUCGAGAAGCACUUCCGCUAUGGAUCUGUGAAGUCAACACAUAGACGGACUGGGAAGGUGAAGGGCAUCGAGCGUUUCCUGGGGGCAGUGGAGACAUUGGAACAGUCCCUAAUUGAAGUGACAUCAGGCCAGGCAAAAUAUGAGCACCAACACAGAGCCAUUGUUUGGCGCAUGAACCGACUUCCUAAAGAAGGACAAGGAGCAUACACCACACAUGCAUUUGUGUGUCGGAUGGGACUGACAUCAUAUGACCAGAUUCCAGAGAACUUAGCAGAUUACUGUUAUGUAGAGUUUACAAUGCCGGCCACCCAAGUCUCCCAUACAACUGUUCGCUCUGUGUCAUUGAGUAAUGGAGCCAAAGAUGAGCCUCCAGAGAAGUAUGUGCGCUACUUAGCUCGACAUGAGUACAGGGUUGGGAUAGAGCAUACACAGGGAGAAGGACCAGGUGCGUACAUAUCAGCAACACUGUCAAAGCCGCCUGAGACCACUCAAACCCUGGAGGAGAAACCAGAGCCUCCUGCAGCUGAAUCUGACAGUGAUUCAUCAAGUUAAGAUAUAAGGUCUCAGAAGUUGAUAACUGCAGGCAUCAGUGUCCUUCCUGAAUGGACCAAACUAACUCUACAUGAUGACUGUAAGAGCUUGAG